UCUGACUCUCAGCCCUCUCACACACUCUUGCCUUUACUCUUCACUCGUGAAAUCCUUCCUGGUCUUCUUCACCAACCUCGACGAGACCCGCGACCAAAUGGCAAUGCAACCUCCUUGUUCGUCCUUUCCGGUUGUUUGUCGGGUCGUUCGGUUCCACAGUAAUGUCUUCCUUCUCCCACCUAAGUGAGGGAAUGCGAGGCGGAGCCAGCAUAAAGGGACAUAGCUAAACUAACAUCGGGGUCGGUCAGAUUUCAACAUAAAGUUAGCUCCUUUCCUCAUUCCUGGCCGCAUUGCUCUGUUUCUCCUCUGGUUCGCAGCUUAAAGCUCACGAUCUUGAAAAUGAGGAAGCACGGGUGGCAACUUCCUUACCAUCCCCUUCAGGUGGUUGCUGUUUCUGUGUUUCUGGCUCUGGGGUUCGCUUUCUAUGUGUUCUUUUUGCCGUUUGUGGGGAAGAAGCCGUUUCAGUAUGCUGUGAUGGGCAUCUACACUCUUCUUAUAACAUGUGCCUUCAGCCUAUACAUAUGGGCUGCCGGAUCCGACCCUGCUGACCGAGGGGUGUUCAGGUCCAAAAGGUAUCUCGAGAUUCCAGACAGCGGGAAGCUUGCGCGACAAAAGGAUUCUAAACUUGAUGGGGAACCGAUUUCGUCCAUGCAGGAAGCAUCUGAAAGCGAACCUGUGGAUAUGAAGUUAGAGGACUCAGAAGCUAAGCAGCCUGCUUCUCAAAGGACCGGUUCUCCUUCGAAGCGCGGGCAUUGCUUCUCCUGGGCUUUCCUCCCUUGUGGUCUUCUCUUUGAGUGUUGUAGUUCAAGAGAAAAAUCAAGUGCACGCCAUUCAAUUGAAGAUGAGAUGUUCUACUGCAGCUUGUGUGAAGUUGAGGUUUCCAAGUUCAGUAAGCACUGUAGAGUUUGUGACAAAUGUGUCGACAACUUUGAUCACCAUUGCAGGUGGCUGAACAACUGUAUAGGUAAGAAGAACUACCGGCAAUUUUUCACUCUCAUGGUCUCUGCUCUCCUCCUGCUUAUUCUACAAUGGUGUAUGGGUAUUCUAGUGCUCAUUCGCUGUUUUCUCGAGAGAAAACUGUUUUCUGUUAAUAUUGCUGUGAAGCUGGGAAGCAGUUUCUCUUUGGCACCAUUCGCAGUUGUGGUGGCAAUGUGCACCGUUCUAGCAAUGAUUGCAACUUUGCCGCUUGCUCAGCUUUUCCUCUUUCACUUACUUCUCAUUAAAAAGGGGAUCAGCACUUAUGACUACAUUGUAGCAUUGAGGGAUCAGGAACAAGACCAACAAGGAAUUGGAGGACAGCAAAGUCAACAGAUGUCUCCGAUGAGCUCUCUUACUGGACUAAGCAGCACGAGCUCUUUCGCUGCAUUCCAUCGCGGCGGUGGUGCAUGGUGUACUCCUCCACGCUUAUUUGUAGAAGAUCAAUACGAUGUUGUCCCUCCUGAAAAUGCAUCAGUUAGCUCUUUCGGCAAAAAGACACUGCAAGAGGAGACGAUGAAGAAAAAAAGCUCUGGAGCAGUGAGGAUCAGUCCGUGGGCCCUGGCCCGACUGAAUGCAGAAGAGGUGUCUAGGAUGGCUGCAGAAGCUCGGAAGAGAUCCAAAAUCCUGCAACCCGUGGUGAGACGAGAAGCCCCAUUAGAGCCCGAAAGGCCCGGGAGUAAAAGCAAGCAAACUGUUCCUAUGGAGCCUUCAACGAACAUUUCUUCUAGAGGCUUCGGCCAAGAUUUAGUUGGGCUUCAUCUCAACGCGAGGAGUGCUUUCCAAACAAGCCGAGCAACAUAUAAUCCAACCGGGCCAAUCGGUUCAUCGCCAGAGAGCAGCUUGGACUCUCCCGAUAUCCGCCCCUUCCAUCAACCCUUACCUUCUGUUAUAACGGCUGCAAACAGAGGAAUUCCAAUUCCACUCCCUAGGAAUUCAGCCAGUGACGGGUACGAAGCCUCGGGUGGGGAAGACAGCGACAGGGUUCCUUCUAGGUUUACCGAGAGACCGAUGAACCGGAGCAGCCGGUUAUUCUCCUCUUCGGGUCAGGAUGAGAGAGUUGUGAGAUUAAAAGGAUCGUCUUCUUCCAGUCAGAUCAUCAGCAGAAAGUUCUAACACCGGCGACAUUUCUGUUUCCUCGGGAAGAAACUUUCCUUCCUCUACUGAUUGUCCACUACAACUAAUUCGAUAUCUGAAAGAGUGAUAACCUUCGAGUUGAAGUUUCAGGAUUCGGUUUUCCAGCGAGGUGCCACUCGUUAGUGUUAUGAUCUUGGUUUAAUUCGUAGUUUUA